AUGGCCACCAAAGGCCAUAAGAUUUCAUUCAUUUCAACUCCUCGAAACAUCCACCGUCUUCCUCAAAUCCCAUCAACCUUAACUCCUCUCAUCAACUUCAUCAAAAUCGAUAUACCAAAAGUUGAAAAUCUCCCAGAAAACGCCGAAUCCACAAAAGAUUUACCUUUCAAUAAGGUUAAGUACCUCAAAAUGGCAUGCGAUGGCCUCAAAAAACCCAUCACAGAUUUCCUCGAAACCUCAUCCCCAGAUUGGAUCAUCUGUGACUUUGUUACUUAUUGGUUGGGGCCCCUAGCGGCGGAACAUGGCGUCCUCACAGCUUAUUUUAGUGUUUUUCCGGCGGUAAUGCUUGGUUUCGCGGGUUCCCCGGAGGUGUUGAUGUACGGCGAUGAUGACCAGUCGGUGGAACAACAGUUAAUGAGCCAACCAAGGUGGGUUACAUUCGAAACCGAAGUUCAGCCAUCUCCUUUUCAGAUCACCAGAUCACUUCAAAACUUGACUGGCGACGAUGAAAACAUCAAGGAUGGUUAUCGUCUUGGAGCCACCGUCAUCGGCUGCGACGCCGUGAUUGUGAGAAGUAGUUCUGAUUUUGAGCCGGAGUGGCUGAAUCUCCUGAAGAAACUUUACCGAAAACCUAUCCUUCCGGCCGGGCUGUUACCGGCAGCGGUGGCAGACGACCAUGCAUGCUGGGGGGAAACGAAAGAGUGGCUGGACAAGCAUGAGAAAGGCUCGGUUGUUUACAUUGCUUUUGGAACAGAAACGAAACCGAAUCAAUACGAGUUAACUCAGUUGGCUUUAGGGUUAGAAUUGUGUGGACUACCCUUUUACUGGGUGUUAAUCGAUCGGCGUGGGUCAUCAGAUGACGAGGUAAUCGAGUUGCCACGUGGGUUUGAGGAGCGGACACGUGGACGUGGGGUGGUGUGUAGAGAGUGGGCACCACAAUUUAAAAUAUUUAGUCAUGAAUCGGUGGGUGGGUUGCUGAUUCACUCAGGCAUGAGUUCGGUGGUGGAAGGGCUUCAACUCGGUAAGCCACUCGUAUUGUUGCCUUUCGUAAUAGACCAAGGUGUGAUUGCAAGUUAUUUGGUGGAGAAAAAGAUGGCGUAUAUGGUUCCUAGGGAUGAGUUGGAUGGGUCGUUUACGCCAGAAUCGUUGGCUGACUCACUGAGUCUAGUGAUGGUGAAAGAAGAAGGGAAGAUGUAUAGAGACAAAGCCAAAGAGAUGAUGUCGAUGUUUGGUGGCAGAGAUAUUCAAGACAAGAGUUUGGAUGAGCUUCCAAACAAAUCGAUGAUGGUAGUCAACUCUGACGGAAAGAGUAGACUACUUUUUGGGUAA